AUCAUCUUGGUCAUCAACACAGCUUGCUUCUCUCCAGACUUGGGCUUAAGGCUCUGAUAACCAUGAGGCUUCUCAUUCUCACCUGUCUUGUGGCUGUUGCUCUUGCCAGGCCUAAACUUCCUCUUAGAUACCCAGAACGCCUUCAGAAUCCAUCAGAGAGCAGUGAGCCUAUACCAUUAGAAUCAAGACAGGAAUACAUGAAUGGUAUGAACAGGCAGAGAAACAUUCUGAGAGAAAAACAGACUGAUGAAAUCAAGGAUACUAGGAAUGAGUCUACUCAGAACUGUGUUAUGGCAGAGCCUGAGAAGAUGGAAUCCAGCAUCAGUUCAUCGAGUGAGGAAAUUUCUCUCAGUAAGUGUGCGGAACAGUUUUGUAGACUGAACGAAUACAACCAACUUCAGCUGCAAGCUGUCCAUGCCCAGGAGCAAAUUCGCAGAAUGAAUGAAAACAGCCAUGUCCAAGUGCCUUUCCAGCAGCUCAACCAACUUGCUGCCUACCCCUGUGCUGUUUGGUACUAUCCACAAAUCAUGCAGUAUGUUCCUUUCCCACCGUUUUCCGAUAUCUCCAAUCCCACUGCUCAUGAAAAUUAUGAAAAAAAUAACGUCAUGCUACAGUGGUGAAGAAUUAAAUAAAUUCUCAAGGAACUCCACAGUUAGGGCCCUUGAUAUGAUUGAAAAUUUCAUUCUCUGAAUUUCUCCUCUCAAGAAAAACCAUCUUAUCUGAAGACUGGACUGUUGGUUUAGAUUAGUAAAAUCCCAUAUUGAAGGAAAUUGUUCUUUUUGAAUUAUCUACUUAAUAGGAUAUCAUUUUUUUUCUUAAGCUAAAUUUUCCUAGAGAGUUUAUUGUCUAAAUUUCAGUUGUGUCUUGCCAUAUGGAGGGCACCUAAUCAGAGGGUAUUAAAGUCUUUACUAAGUUUUCUAGUGGACAUUUUGUUUAAAAAGUCUUUGAAUUGCCAGUUCUGUAAGUGCCAUCAAUUAAAAUAGUUUUGUGCAGUGACAGAGAUUUUCUUU